UCGCCAUCUAGAAGGUAUAACCGAAUAUAUCGGAAGGUCAGACAUAAGAAUAUUGUUCCAUUCUUAAUUGACGAAAUCGAUAAACUUACAUAUAUGAGUUCGUAAUGUUAGUGUUGCAUUACAUAUAUAUUUAGUAAAAGUGAUAUUGUGAUGUAGCUACAGUUUUGAUAUCAUUUACGUACAUAACAUCAUCGAAGUAACGUCUCAUGUAACAUUAUUAGAAUUUUGUAUUACUUAUCUAUAAAAUAAUAUAAAGUAUUUUUAUUAGUGUUGUUCUAAACGCAUUCUUUACUGUUUCAAGAAUCAGAAUUCUUCACGGAUUCAUCAACUAUCUUAUUAUACAGAAAAUUUUAUAAAUAUUCUAUGUAAAGAAGUCUGAUGAAAUAAAAGAAUUAUUCAUACUAUAAGGAAAUGUAUUAAAGAAAUUUAUCCUAUUAUAGUAAUAGUCAAAUAAUAUCAAGUAAUAGUCAAGAAUACAAAUGUCUGUAUUAUCAAAUUCAACAAAACAAGUAUUACAAAAUACAUCAUCUCUUUCAAUGGAAAUACAAGAUGGUAAUACUAUAAUGUGUAAUAAGAAGAAGCAAGAAAAAAAUAUUGGGAGCAAUGGUAUAUCUAAUGCACAAAGAGUAUGGACAAGUUUAUUAUCAGGUGCUAUUGCAGGAGCAUUGGCAAAAACAACAAUAGCACCUUUAGAUCGCACAAAGAUAAACUUUCAAAUUUCAAACCAACCAUUUUCGGCAAAAGCAGCAAUUAAAUUUUUAAUAAAAACUCUUAGAACAGAAGGUUUACUAAGUUUGUGGCGUGGAAACAGUGCUACUAUGGUUAGAAUAGUUCCAUAUUCUGCUGUUCAAUUCACAGCUCAUGAGCAAUGGAAAAGAAUCUUAGGAGUAAAUGGAUCAGAAAGAGAAAAACCAGGAUUGAAUUUUCUUGCCGGUUCUUUAGCGGGUAUAACAUCGCAAGGUACAACUUAUCCGUUGGACUUGAUGAGAGCAAGAAUGGCUGUGACACAAAAGACUAAAUACAAAACCUUGCGACAAAUAUUUGUACGCAUUUACAUGGAAGAAGGAAUAGCGGCCUAUUACCGUGGAUUUACUGCAACGCUACUUGGUGUCAUUCCUUAUGCUGGUUGCAGUUUCUUCACCUAUGAUCUACUCAGGAAUUUAUUGACUGUGUACACGGUGGCUAUUCCUGGCUUCUCGACAUCACUGAUUUGCGGCGCCAUUGCCGGAAUGGUUGCUCAGACUAGCAGCUACCCUUUGGACAUUAUUCGGAGAAGGAUGCAGACUUCGGCGAUGCAUGGUCAACACUAUCACACAAUUAGAUCAACUAUUGCAAAAAUUUACAAAGAAGAAGGUAUAAUGGCCUUUUAUAAAGGAUUAAGUAUGAACUGGAUAAAAGGUCCAAUUGCUGUAGGAAUUAGUUUUGCAACACAUGAUACAAUUCGCGAUACAUUAAGAAAAAUUAUUAUUUGCCAAAAUACUUCAUUAAAAACAUAAAAAUGAUAUAUGCAAUUAGAAAAACUAAUAAGAAAUGUCUAAUUAUAUCUCAUUAGAAAAGCAGUAAAUAUAUUUUCAUCUGCUAAAAAGUCCUUUGAAAUAUAGAAUGUUUGAUAAGAAUUGCAUACAAACUUUAUCAUUGUUCUGCUAACAAGUUAUAUAGCAAAAUUUGUACAAAAAUCUAUCAAAUACUCAGACAUCAAUAUAUAUAAAAUUUAUGAUUAUAUAAUUAAUUAAUAGAAUCAUGUAAUGUAGUAAUGAUUUAAUAAAUAUUAUAGUUUUCAAAGGACAUAUUUUUAAAAAAAUAGAAAAUAGUACAAAUUGUUGAUGUACAUAUUGUUAAUCAAAAUGUUAUAAAAAUUGUUAAAUUACUAAAAAAUGCAUGUCAUAUAAGUAUACAUAAAUUACUAAAAAGCAAAAUUAUAUUGCGCAAAUAUUAACAAUUAGUUUAUUUGUAAUGUGAAUAUUAUGCAUAACAAUGCAACUGCCCUCACAAGAUAUUUUUUAAUCAUUGAUAAACAAAAUAUUUUUUUUGUGAAUUUCAAUAAUUAUAAAAACAAUUUUAAAAAACAACAUCUACAUCUUUACACAUUAAAUUACAGAUAUAUAGAUAUAAUAUCUACAAUUGUUAAUGUGAUAGUAACAGAAUAGUAGUUGUUUUAUAUUAUUGACUAAAUAGUUAUUAAAUUUUGUAUAGAAUAACACCAUUAUUUUAACAAUAAUAAUUAAGUUCUGACAAUAAUUUUAUAAAUAUAAAUGUGCAAUAUUAACAAUUAGCACAAUUACUUAUACUGAAACAAAUUAUUAUAAAAAUUAUUCAUAUCUAAUUUUUUUUAUAAAAUAAUCUAUAAUUAUUUUAUAAGUUUAUAAUGGUCCAAAUUAUUUUAAUAUUGUAUACAUUUGAAUUAAUAUUUCAUAUACUGUAAAUUUUUAUUCAAAUAUAUUUUAAUUAGAAUAAAAUAUUUUC